AGCAAUAUUCUGUACGACAGACCUGGUAUGACCCGCCUCUCAACCCGCACCGUUGCCCUUCAUCAAGCCCGCCCUUAGUAGAUUUAGGCGAAGUUAAUAAAGUUUUUAAAGCGCAUGGCAGACUACAUUGGCUUGUUCGACAUACCAUUUUCCAUCGGAUUGAAUUUGCAUUCUCACCCAAUCAAAAAAGGUAGGUCAAUGUCUGUCUUAGACAUUACCUUUAUCUCCAGCGACCACGAGAAGUAGGUCCUCCAAAAUCUCCUUCACUUCAUUUGCAUAUACACACACACACAACGACAAGAUAGAUUUCAAAUCCCUGCUCCCAACUCCUGUGUAGGACAUUAUGAAGAUUCGCUUCUAACAUUGACCCCAUAAAAUCAUCAAAUUGAGAAUCAUCACGAUGCCUGGCAUCCGUAUCAGUCUUGCUGACGUGACAGCCGCCCUUGAGGCGGCUGCUCAGUCCAAAAGUCUCGCUGUUGCCGUCAUGCCCAUCGAAGAAGAAAACCCGGAUGCCAAGAAGAAAACUGCUUCAGUUGUCUUCUCACACAAACAAAUUGCCUGCGAAAAUCCAGUUCCACCUGUUCAGAUCAGUGGCGCAGUGGAGAUCUUGCCGGUUGACGAAUCAGCAGACGGCGACACUGAGCAAGUGACAUUCUUGCUUGACACACAAACAAUGCGACUGACGACAUCAGACGUAAAACGACUAGCAACCGUGAUGGCAAUGAACGCAGCGACGGGGAUCAAUUAUGAUGAGGACUACUGGAGGUGGAGUGAGUAAUGCUAAUGUAACUGUAAGAGUUAUCACUGUCUUCAAUGGAUCAGUAUCCUCUCACUAUCGCAUGUCUCAACCUCGAGUCCACACUCUAACUCCCAAUGAAGCAAAAAAUGAUGGAUGUUUCGGAACAACAACAAGUGGUGAUCAAAGAGAAAAUGAAUCUCGAGGCUUUGGCGGAAAAAGAGCCUGAAUUGGUUUCCAAGAUCAGGGCAGGUGCACUACUGCCUCGAUCUCCGAGCAGCGGCGGCUCAGGGAAGCAGAACUCUGGGGCUUCUCCGGAUGACGAGGGGGAUGGAGUUAUGACAACAAGCUUAAAGAAAUUACUCUAAUGUGGUUAUUAAGUGGAUUCAUAUGUACGUGAAAGAAGAUUACAAAUCUUACCUUACCUGAUCAUCAACUCUUUCUCUAAUCCACCCCAAGUGUCAUCCAAGGAGCAGAGCCCCAGAAAACGAAAUACUACAGAAAUGGGCGAUCUCGACCAGCCAACCUUGGAGACGCAAGACGGCCUUAUACUGCACCAAGAAGGCGAUACCGUUUACGCUGUGCACCGCAUGCACUUUCUCGAUUGCGCAAAAGACCCAAGAGUGGACAAGCGAGGUGCGCAUAAUCCGGUAACAACGUCCUACCACGGUCUUCCAGGUCGUCCAUCGCCUGAUUACUCCACACCAGCGAUGCUCGAAGCAGAAGCGAAGACACAUUAAGGCUUCUAGCGUACUUCAUCUUAUAGGACCACGCAUUUUUGAAGGUCGUGAACUACCCGCUACUAACACUAACGACACUGUUACUACACGUUCUUCAACGCGUCCAAGAUGCUUUUCAAGAUGAGUAUGUCCUGUAUUAUAAGUUCUAAAUACAACAAGGAGCUCAACAUCAUGCUCACCGUGGUCAUCAACAUGGCACAGCAAGCAUGAAGGGGAGUAAGGCACCGUCGGCCGCAACGAGUCCUGGACCCCAUGGAAGUCCGAGCAGUUCUCGUGGUCCAGCCCUUUCGCCAGGAAGCUCUCCAGGUGAUCAUCGAGGCAGUCUAAGGGAUCAUUUGAGGGUGACCGUCAACGUGUCUCAGGCGGGCAGUGAACACUCUGAAGCACAUGGGAAUGGCAGUGGUGUGGUACCGGAUCCCUUGGAACCUCUUAGGAAGUUGGAGAACAUCCCAACUGACGAGUUUCAAGAUCUGCUGUUUCAAGUCCUAGCGGCUGCGGAUGAAGAUAGCGAAGGCGUUCUGCCGAUUCGUGACGUGAUUCGCACGUUGGAAGCAGUGUUUUGCUCGAAAGUUAAGACUGAUAGACAUACUGAUUCGCAUGCUGGAAGCAGUGUUUUGCUCCAAAGUUAACACUGUGCUAGACAUACUUACAGGAGAUUGUUGUAUUCGGGGAUACCACUAGCUGCUUAUUCGUUUUCAUCGAGCAGGGAGUGAUGAAAUGACUCUAUUUCUAGGAGCAAUUAUCUAGCAUGAUGGACAGCCGCAGAAGCAAUCCCUCUCUUCUAACCAAAGCGGCCUCCUGACGAAGUGGGACAUCACGGUCCUUAUGGCGCGUUUGGAGGACAGAGUCGACGCAGACGGAAUGGCUCGAUAUCCCAGGUUGAUCACUGAGAUGAGAGCGCCGUCAUCCAGUGCAACGGAAGCACUAAACCAAAGUUUGGAGUCGCCACCUUCGGAGCUGGCGAUGGCUUUGAAUGCAGGUAACUUUGUUGCUGUACAGAUGUUCUACUGCUGUACUUCUACUAGAUGAUCCAAAAUCUUCAAAAAGGUCACAACACACAACAACUUCUUCUAUAAGUACUUUAAGUUUACAUUCGUACAGCGGUGCAGCCCUUUGCAACCGUCCCACAACAAGGCGUGAUCUCAUCUAACACCUCUCCUCUACUAUAAAGUUUUUCAGGCGCCAUCGGCAACCAGCAAUCAGGGAACUACAUGCUCCCGAUCCCUGAGCAUGGUCAAGCCCACGUGAGCGGUAAUAUUAAGGCUUACUUAUCCUAAUCCAUCUUCUGAACCUGAAGCAUCUUCUUAGACCUCCUGUCACGUAAAAAGGGGAAUAAAAUAGGCCCAAGAUCAUCUUGAUGAAUCGAUCCCGCGAUGGAUUAGGGUGAGCGCUAAUUGUAGUGAAGGGGGUGGAACUACCGGCACAGCGCCAGAGCAGGAUUGGCACGUUGUGGAACGCGUUCAGGAGAUGGUCGCUUUCGUCCAGAACUAUGAAGUGAACACUCUCCAUGAUCUAGUCCAGAAGAAGUGCGAACCCUUCGCUGAAGCGAGCCAUCCAGAGUUGCUAAAACGUGCGACUUUGCGAAGAGUGCUCGAUUCUCUACAUACGAGGAUCUCCGAGUCUGAAAAAUCUUUGCUGAUGCAGGUGAUGCCGAUGCGAGUUUUGUUCCGGACGCCAGCUGAAUUGGCAGAAUCGAAUGCAGUGGACAUCAAUGCGCCACCGAUGAAACGCAAGAGCACGAUCAACCUGCCAGAAGCACCGUCUCCGGGAGAUGGAGCUGGAGGAAGUACUUCUACUCAUGGAUCUUUUGAUACGAGGAGAUAGAAAUUUUGGUUGUCUUUGUUUGAUGUUCCGUCCUCAAACUCAAUCAACACAACAAUCAGCACCAUCAGGUGUCACAUUCGGCGGCACCACAACCUCCGACGGCCAAACGAAGAAGAAACCGGCAAUGUUCAUCAACUUCACCGUUUUCAAGGACAAUCUCUCCGAGAUUCGUGCAGCUAGGGCUGUUAAUUUCCCAGGCAACAUUAUGAUUAUGGAGAUGCGCAAAUCCAUGUGCGCCUUAGCCAGGCAAGAACGCAUGCCUGCAAAUGUACCCUUGCACGUCUUCCGCGAAAAAAUUCUCAACCCCCUGCUCAAACGUAAAAUGGUGUGGCUAUCGUCAUUUGAGAUCUUUUUGUUGGGAUGCGUGUUGCCGCCAGCGGUGGGACAUCGAGUGCCGAAGGGCUACACUGACGUCGAUCUCGCAAGUCUGAUCGUUUUGUCGUGUAUCAACACCUGGCACGACGCGCAUCAGGUGUACAACGAUGGUAUCGAACAGCAGAUGGAAGUCGAAGCAGAAAGGAAGAGGAAAGAGAUUUAUGGAGAAGGAACAUCACAAUGAAUUUAAACUGCAUUUUUAUCUCCUAGUGAUCGUUGAAUUCAAAUUACUUAUUCGUUUAGACUUAAAAUUUCACAACUACAACUAGUAACCAUUGUGACUAGAACUACUACAAAUACAGAUUAAGUUCAUCUUCCCCACCUCCUCCUUCUUCUCUAAUACUCGGAAGAACUACAAGCUUUCUCUGGCGCUUCGCCGAAAGACCAAUCUGGCGGAGCGUCUCCCGAAGACCAAUCUGGCGGAGCAAAAGCUGCCAUCCAUUUGCGUGACAAUCAAGAUCAGGUGGAGAGGGCCUUGCUUGCUUCGUUUACGGUAGUGGACUCGGAACGAACUGGCCUGUUGGAAAUGCCUCAGAUUGCGCAGACUAUUUUGGGAGAUUGGGACAACUAUUGCGACGAAGGAGGAUUGCUGUAUACGGAGAAGUGUGGGUAGUUUAAAAACUUCUGUAACUGUGGUGGUAACGGUGACUGAACAAGGUGAAAUUUCUGCAAUAAAUCAGUCACAAUGAAGAUGCAGAUGUUGUAAGUCCUCUAGCUUUCUUUUGAUUGUGAACCAAGACCAACGCAGAAUAACGAUAAAGGCUCUUUUACCUUCCCCAGCACUCUCACAUCAAAAAAUACACAGUCUGCUCGCCGCCUGCGAACCAGUUGAAGGCCUUGUCCGAUACGAAGAGCACGUGAAAACUUGGAUGAGUGUGGUCUUUGAUAUCCGUCAGAACGCUACUUAUCGGCAGCUGCUCCAGGUCGAAAGCCCUGAAGACGAGCUCCUAUCCGCCAAGCUCGUGACAAUGCGAGAAAAUUUUCCAAUGACUGUAGUAGAGGUACCUGCGAAGAAAAGGACUGGAACUGGAAGGUACUACUUACUUGUACAACUUACAAUAUUUUUUUUGCCUUUAUUGAUUCUUUUAAUUAUGUGCCUCCUGGAAUGUAGUCCUCGUACCAAAGGGAAUUACCAGCUUCAACUACCUACCAACAUAUUAACUUUUCUCCGACACAAUCACAAGCAAGUAACUGCUUACACUUGCGCAAGAACAUGCACUUCUUCCAUCCUCCCAAAAAAAAAAAGAAAAAAAUCCAAAUAUACUCAAUACUGUAACAGCAUGGUCGUCGCCGGACGUGCCACUCGCGAAGACUCGGAGAGGAAGACGAGUGUGCGGCGAACACGUGUCCACGAACAACCGAAGAGUCGAGGUGGCAAAUUGAUCCAACACUCGCGAGUCGAAGUUUUGCCAGCUAUGGUAAACGAAUCGCGCUCCGAUCGCCGUCGUCGUCUUGGAGAGGAAAGCUGGUCAUUGACGGUAGAUGGGAGUACUGGGGCAUAA